CGCGCGUGGGCCAGGGCUUCAGUGCUUGCUGAGUACCGGAGCGUCCGGCGUCUCUCAAUCUCCUCAUCAUGGGUGACAAGGACUCCAGCAGCUCCUUUCCGAAGUACCUGGAGCACCUCUCUGGAGAUGGCAAAGCCAUCGGUGUCCUGACCAGCGGCGGGGAUGCCCAAGGCAUGAAUGCUGCUGUCCGCGCUGUGGUGCGCAUGGGAAUUUACACGGGGGCCAAAGUGUACUUUAUAUAUGAGGGUUACCAAGGCAUGGUGGAUGGAGGCUCCAAUAUUGUGGAAGCCAAAUGGGAUUGUGUCUCCAGCAUUCUACAAAUAGGUGGGACCAUCAUCGGCAGUGCACGUUGCCAAGCCUUUCGCAGCCGUGAAGGCCGCCUGAAAGCUGCCUGUAACUUGGCGCGCUUAGGCAUAACCAAUCUGUGCGUGAUCGGCGGGGACGGAAGUCUCACAGGAGCCAAUCUCUUCCGGAAGGAGUGGAGCGGACUUCUGGAAGAGCUGGUUCAGAAUGGUGAGAUCGAUAAGGACACAGUACAGAAGUACUCCCACCUCAACGUGGUGGGCAUGGUGGGCUCCAUUGACAAUGACUUCUGCGGCACAGACAUGACCAUUGGUACAGAUUCAGCUCUGCACCGAAUUAUUGAAGUUAUUGACGCCAUCAUGACCACUGCCCAGAGCCACCAGAGGACCUUCGUCCUGGAGGUUAUGGGGAGACACUGUGGUUACCUGGCCUUGGUGAGUGCCUUGGCUUGCGGUGCUGACUGGGUGUUCCUUCCGGAGUCUCCACCAGAGGAAAAUUGGGAGGAAAACAUGUGCCUCAAACUCUCAGAGAACCGUGCCCGAAAAAAGAGGCUGAAUAUCAUCAUUGUGUCUGAAGGAGCAAUUGACACCCAAAAUAAGCCAAUCACCUCUGAGAAAAUCAAGGAGCUUGUGGUGAAUCAUUUGGGCUUUGACACCCGAGUCACCAUUCUUGGACAUGUCCAACGAGGAGGGACUCCUUCUGCAUUCGACAGGAUUUUGGCCAGCCGUAUGGGAGUGGAGGCUGUCAUUGCCUUGCUGGAAGCUACACCCGAGACCCCAGCCUGUGUCGUGUCACUAAAUGGAAACCAAGCUGUGCGCCUACCUCUGAUGGAGUGUGUGCAAAUGACCCAGGAUGUACAGAAGGCAAUGGAUGAAAGGAGAUUUAAGGAAGCUGUAAAACUCAGAGGAAGGAAUUUUGAGGGAAACCUGAACACUUACAAGCGUCUUGCCAUUAAGCUGCCUGAUGACAAGAUCCUCAAGAGCAAUUGUAAUAUAGCCAUCAUCAACGUAGGGGCACCUGCCGCCGGAAUGAAUGCAGCCGUGCGCUCUGCUGUUCGGGUCGGGAUUGCAGACGGCCACAAGAUGUUUGCCAUUUAUGAUGGCUUUGAUGGCUUCGCCAAAGGCCAAAUCAAAGAAAUCAGCUGGGGAGACGUCGGAGGUUGGACGGGACAAGGAGGGUCCAUUCUUGGGACAAAACGCACCCUACCUGGAAAGUACUUGGAGAAGAUUGCAGAACAGAUGCAUUCCCAUAGUAUCAAUGCCCUUCUGAUCAUUGGUGGAUUUGAGGCCUACCUGGGACUCCUAGAGCUGGCAGCUGCCCGGGAGAAACAUGAGGCGUUCUGUGUCCCCAUGAUUAUGGUUCCUGCUACUGUCUCCAACAAUGUGCCAGGUUCCGAUUUCAGCAUCGGGGCAGACACGGCUCUGAACACUAUCACAGACACGUGUGACCGCAUUAAACAGUCAGCCAGUGGGACCAAGCGCCGGGUGUUCAUCAUUGAGACCAUGGGCGGAUACUGUGGCUACUUGGCCAACAUGGGGGGACUUGCUUCAGGAGCUGAUGCUGCCUACAUCUUUGAAGAGCCCUUUGACAUCCGAGAUUUGCAGUCCAACGUCAUGCACUUGACAGAGAAAAUGAAGACCAGCAUCCAGAGGGGCCUUGUACUCAGAAACGAAAGCUGCAGUGUAAACUACACCACUGACUUCAUCUAUCAGCUCUACUCAGAGGAGGGGAAAGGAGUGUUUGACUGCAGGAAAAACGUGCUGGGCCACAUGCAGCAGGGGGGAGCACCUUCUCCAUUCGAUAGAAACUUUGGAACCAAAAUUUCUGCCAAAGCUAUGGAGUGGAUCACCGCCAAACUGAAGGGGUCCCAGGGCGCAGGGAAAAAAUUUGUUGGCGAUGAUUCCAUUUGUGUCCUGGGAAUUUGCAAGAGGGAUCUCCUGUUUCAACCAGUGGCAGAGCUGAAGAAAGAAACUGACUUUGAGCACCGUAUCCCCAAGAAGCAGUGGUGGCUGAAACUGCGGCCGAUCAUGAAGAUCUUGGCCAAGUAUGAGGCGAGCUAUGACAUGUCCGAUACAGGCAAGCUGGAGCCCUUGCACCACCCCCAUGAAGGACUAUCGGCCAUCUGAUCAUGUUACGCCAUCACCUGACCUGCACACUUAUCUAGGGAAGCCUGUAAUGUUCUCCAGGGACCAUCCUUUUCUGUAACAUAAUUAUUUAUCAGCACUUUAUGCAAGAAUUGUUGACCAGGUAUCGUCAGCGGUGAUAAUCAGAGAGCACCACUUGCCAUAACCAUUGACGCAGCAGACCCUAAGACAUGAAACCCAGCCUCACGCGCUUGAUCGAGUGUCAGUUUUCUACUGUAUGGGGUACUAUCUUGUGCUUUACCAUGUGUGUGUCUUGUGGUAUUGUGGUAUUAAACAUUUGGUUACAACUCUGA